UAAAAGCAAAGUCUCAGGUGUUUAUAAAAGCUUUUCGCUUUCUUGAUUUUUUGUGUAACUUCAAAGGCAUUUUGUAAAUGGCUUCUUCCACGGAAGACGGAGAAGAAGAGAGAGCGAGGAGACUCCAAGCCACGCUUAUAGCUAUCAGAGAGAGAGCGAGGAGACUCCACGUCGACGUCAUUGAUUUGUACAAGGGUUUUCUCUCCAAUCGAAAAAGCUGGCAAGAAGUAAUCAUAACUGCGAAAGAGAAUCUGGAAGCUUUGAAGAUAACGCUGGAAGAAACUGGAGACGAGCUCACGUACCUGACCACUACUAAUGCAGAAUUGGUUGGAGAAGUCGUGCGACCUCUAGGCAAAGAAAGAUUUCUUGUGAAAGUAAACGAAGGAGACCGUCUCAUAGUGAAUUGCUCAAGCUUAGUGGCUCAAUCGAAGCUAGUUUCUGGAACCAGAGUCACUCUUCAAAGAAGAACGUAUACGAUAAUGAGAAUCCUCCCUCCUAAGGUUAAUACGUUGGUUCAUAAGAUGGUGUAUCAACAUCAUCAUGGUGAUGUGAGUUACUCAGAUCUUGGUGGGUUAAAUCAUCAACUCGAAGAUGUCAGAGAUUGGAUUGAACGUCCUCUCGUAGAUCCUGACAUUUUUGAACGACUUGGUAUAAAGCCUCCCAAGGGAGUGCUUCUCUAUGGACCGCCUGGUACUGGAAAGACAUUGAUAGCAAGAGCGAUCGCUAGCAAUAUCGAUUCAACUUUUCUGACGGUUGUUUCAAGCUCGCUUGUUAGUAGAUAUAUGGGAGAGAGUUCAUUGAUGGUGAGAGAGAUGUUUAAAUAUGCUUGUGAACAUCAACCAUGCAUCAUCUUUAUGGAUGAGAUUGAUGCUAUUGGUAGACGUAGAUCCACCUACGGAGAAGGAGAAACUAGUGAGUGUUACAGAGUCCUCAUCGAGCUUCUCUCUCAACUUGAUGGAUUCAACGAACUUGAUAAGGUGAAAGUUAUAAUGGCAACAAACAGACCUGAUGUUCUUGACCCUGCGCUUCUACGACCUGGUAGAAUCGAUAAGAAGAUAGAGUUCACAUUGCCUAACGAAGACGCUAGAAUGAGAAUCCUCAAGAUUCAUGCUUCUGGUAUUACUAAACAAGGAGAUAUCGACUACGAAAAGGUCGUGAAACUAUCUGAGGGGUUCAAUGGAGCAGAUAUGCGUAAUAUAUGUACCGAAGCAGGGAUGUUAGCUUUACGUGCAGGGCACGAUUACGUCGUCCCUAACGAUUUCAUCAGGGCUGUAACAAAACUAGGGGAAGCGAAGAAGCUUGAGUCCAGUGCACAUUACAAUGCUGGUUUCUGAAAGUAAGAGAUCGGAAAACGUAAAAUAGAAGGGGCACAUCCAAACUCGUCUCUGUACAUCUCUUUUAUCAGUACUGUCUUUUAUCAUUUAUAAACCAGUUUGAUACCUACCAAUAGCAUCUAUAUAUAUAAA